AUGGCAAGAAGAAUCGGACAGCUUGUGCUUGCACUUCUUCCGUGCGGUGCCGUUUUGGCAAAUACCCCCGCGGACAAGGCUUUGAAGCCUUGCGGUAAGGCCUAUUACUAUCCAUCAAAGUAUACUUGCUAUGACACGGAUUUUCUGUGUCCAGUCUUGAGCGAGGGACCUACCUUGAGAUGCGGUCCCGACUGUUACCUCCCUAGCAUGUACUCAUGUGACAAUGGGCACUUAGUCUACCCUCCUGCCCCCAGCUCGUCAACUUCGAGCUCUCCGCCAGGAGCUACUUGCACAGCCGAAGCGACGACGCAGCAUCUGAGCUCUCCACCAUAUGAGAACUACUUCUACUCAGACUGUCACGCUGCAUCACAAGUUGUAGUGACUUCUCCUCGACCAGAUAGCAACUUGAGCAUCAUUUCACCAAGAGUUGUUGUCGCUUGGCCUGCGGGCAACAGCGGAAUCGUUACUUACUUCCAGCCUGAAAGUGGCAUCAAUGGAACAUUGGGUAUUCAGAUGGCCAAUUCCUCGAUUGGCUCGCCUCUAGGAUCUUACUAUGAUGACAGCAAAGGUGGAAACGCAACUGUAGGAGUUAGUGCCCACCUCGAAUUCAACAGCACAGCCGUCUUGGCAGUUGCGAUUCUGGGCAGCAUACGGACGAUUCGAGAUUUCACUGAAGGGCCCAGUCUCCUCAGAACCGAUGUUCAGGAUGGAUUGAAAUACUCAGUCAUUCCGGGCGGUGUUGAGAUCAGUCGACUUUGGUUCGAUAACAUCACGACGACGACCCUGUCCCUCACGAGCAUCAAUCAAACGAGGGGUUCUGUCAAGCUCGACAACACUUCGGUCACGUUCCCAGCUGGCAAUUACACUUUUAACGCAUCAUUCAACUAUCCGCAAUUGACGCAGUUGACCUCGGAAGAAGUGCUGAGUACAGCUUCCGCUGAUCUGAUCACUCAAUCACCGAUGCAAACGACUGCGCUCUCGUUUUUGUCAUACACCACAAAGCUCACAGCUGGUGCCUGGAGAUUCUUGACUUACUUUGGUCGAGACUCAAUGAUUGCUGCUUUACUAUUGGAGCCGGUCCUGAGUGAAGGGAAAGGAGGUGCAAUUGAGGCUGUUAUUGCCGGAGUCCUGGAGCGAAUCAACAGAACGGAUGGAUCCGUUUGCCACGAGGAGACCAUUGGCGACUACGCAACUUGGACAAAUUUGCAAAAUAACAUCACUGAUACAGCUCUGCUAUGUGACUACAAGAUGUCUAGAACAAUGGCGAGCGUUUUCCCGGCCAAUUCCAACUUGACCUACAAGCAACUGGCACAAAUCAAUGCGAACAAACUCAUCACCCUAGCUGCCCCGUUUGUAGCACCUGGCAAUCAGACAAUCGACAACUUGAUGCAUCUGAAGGACAAUCAAAUUGUCGGAGAAUGGCGAGACAGCACCUACGGCAUCGGCGGAGGUCGUAUCCCAUUUGACGUGAACACCGCUCUCGUCCCAGCAGCACUCCGCUCAAUUGCUACACUGUCCUCGAACGGCAUUCUCGACUUCAACUCAACCCUGGUGGACGAAUAUGCCCAAGUCUGGGAAGACUCCACGCUCUCACUCUUCGAAGUUUCCGUCUCUCUUUCAGACGCGAAAACCCUCCUUCAAACCUACACCACCAGCUCCGGAUAUUCAGGUCUCCAGUCUCAAGCCGACACAUUGGAUUCAAACGUCACUUUCUAUUCGCUCGCUCUGGACGGAAAUAACAAUCUAUCAAAAGUCGAAGUCAUGAACACCGAUACCUGCUUCCGACUUUUCCUGCUCAACAGUACGAAUGACUCGCAGUUAACAUCAUUCUUGAACGCUACAGCAAACAGUAUUCGACUCACAUUCCCAGCGGGAUUGAUGACAGAUGUCGGGAUGUUGGUUGCGAAUCCGGCUUAUGGAGCCGAUCCCAUUUACGCUGCCAAUUGGACAACGUCUGCAUAUCAUGGCACCGUAGUCUGGUCUUGGCCCCUAGCAAUGAUGGCCCGCGGUCUGGAGCUGCAACUCUCGCGUUGCAGCUCCUCCCCCGCUCCAACAUUCUGCACCGACUCUGCUGUUUAUGGAAAUGUGAAGACAGCAUAUAAUAUGCUUUGGGAUAAUAUCGAAGCUAAUUCUGCGCACCUGAAUACCGAGGUUUGGAGCUGGACUUAUGGAGGCGGGAAGUUCAAUUACAUUGAUCUAGGGGUGUUGCCGCCGCCGCCGGGGAGUAGUCCAACGGAGAGUGAUAUUGUGCAGCUUUGGAGCUUGACGUUUUUGGCUGUGAAGAGGAGUGGAGGACUGAAGUAG